ACACUCAAAGACCAAACGGCGUUCCAUAUCUAUCUUGGUUUAGUUCUGAAAGUCUACAGUACAUUUGAACAAAUUCGAAAGUGAAAGUACACUGCGACCAAUAGGCACAGCACAUUUAUUGUUCUACGGUCUUGUCGGGUGAAGAUCAGAGAUUUUACGCACGACAUGCCACCUUGCGUUAUUGAAAAAGACAGCUCGAGGGCCCUGUAUACAGUAAGUAGACCUUCGCUUUUAAAGGUUAUGUGGUUGUACAUAUUGGCAGUUUGGGGUGUAUCUCUCUCCACUGCCACUUCUGAAAUGUUCACGUGUUCGGUACCCGAGGAUCCGGUCUCGGCACGGUUGGGACAUGUUGCCACCAUGCCAUGCUGGCUCACCCCUUCCAUGAACGCAGAGGGCCUGGAGGUGCGUUGGUACCGGCCCAAAGAUUUCGACAACCCGGUCUUGCACUACAGAGAGAGGAAGAUCCAGGAAGCAUCACAGCAGUCCCAAUACGUGGGCCGCAGCUCCCUGGGGCUCCGGGAGGUUACUUCAGAAGGGCUGAAGGGAGGGGAUGUGACCUUGAAGCUGGUUAAUGUCACUCUGAGAGACCAAGGGGAGUAUGUGUGUUACGUCAGCAGUAACCAGGACUAUGAGACUGCCAGUGUCUUUCUCAAUGUGACUGUGAUGGGCACCCCUCCUCUCCUCUCAGCGGUCAGAACAGAUGCUGACUCUGUGAAUGUGAGCUGUGUUUCCCAUGGAUGGAAGCCAAGGCCCAGGCUACAGUGGUCAGAUGGGAGGCAGACUCUGAAACCUGAGAAGCUGGACUACAGCAGUGGUGCCCAUGGUCUGGUGUCUGCCCACAGCUGGGUCCUCUCUUCCUCCUCCAGUGCUCCCUGGGUAUCCUGUUCUCUGGUUCUGUCUGAAGGAGAGGAGUUGGAGGGAAGAGUGGACCUACGGAACGUUCCGGCUGUACCAGAGACUUCAUCAGGACUGAAAACAGCUGUCAUCAUUUUAGCUCUACUUCUGCUCCUGUCCGUUGUCUUCGUCGGUGUGCUCUACAAAAAGACAGGAAACAAAUCAACACGUGUGAUUACAGGAGAUAUAGUGGAUAUCGAGACUAUGAGACAACCUGAAGAUUUAGUCGAUAUGGAGACUAUGAGACAAGCUGGAGUGGAUGUCACAUUGGAUCCCAAGACAGCUCCUCCUUAUCUGACAGUUGGUUCAACUGGUAAAAUUGUGAGAGACAGUAAAGAUAAUCCAUGUCCUCCGGGUGAGCAUGCUUGUAUACUUGGAACACGUGGUUUUACCUCGGGCAGCAAUGCUUACUGGGAGGUUGGACUGCAUAAUGAGCAGGUAGGCGGUAAAAAAUCCUGGUGGGUUGGACUGGCAAGUGGGCCUGUUAAAAGACAUGGUGAUGUACCAGCCACACCUUCCAAUGGUUUCUGGUUCCUGUCCUCAGACAAAGAGAAAGGCUUACGGCUUAAUAUGGCCCCCGACAUCCUACUUCCUGCCAAUCCUAGACCUCAGAUACUAGGGGUGUAUUUUGACUAUGACCAAGGAGUACUCUCUUUUAUCAACGUAAAAGACAAUAAACUGAUUGUCACUGUGAGAGCUAUGUUCAUUGGGGAGGUGUUUCCUCUUUUUAACCCAGGUCAAGGUGACACAGCCCCUAUGACGAUAUUAGAUGUCAGCCACUAUAAAACAGAACCUGUAGAAGUGUCUGUUUCUGAAAGAGAGAGUAAAGUCGCUCCACCUGCUGAAGAGGCUGAGACUGAUGCCCUUCUAGCUUCCAACCAAAGUCGCAAUCGUCAGACUUCUGAAUCCAAAGACUGCCUUUAAAUGUCUGUAACACGAUGAAAACUACAGCACUAUAUUUUAACACAUUGUUGUAUGUAUCUAGUGCACUUCAUAUUAGGGUGUGUACCGUAGUAUUCUGCACUGGUCCAAUUCAUCAUCAUCUCCUUGCUCUUCUCCUUUGUCUGCAGUGCAAUUGGAUUUGAUUUGACUAACGUGGAAACAUAUGAUUGGUGAAAGCAGUGUAGUAGGUGGAUGUAGUGGGAUGGAUGGAUGGAUAUAUAUUGUAGAUUUAUGGAUGUAGUAGGUAGAUGUAGUAGGUAGAUUGAUGGAUGUGGUUGAUGUAGUGGAUGGAUGGAUGUAGUAGAGAUAUAGUAGAUGGAUGUAGUAGUAGAUGGAUGUAGUGGCUGGAUGGAUGUAGUAGCGAUAUAGUAGAUGGAUGUAGUGUAUUUAUGGCUGUAGUAGCGAUAUAGUAGAUGGAUGGAUGUAGUAGAUGGCUGGAUAUAGUGGAUGGAUGUAGUAGAUGGAUGUAGUGGAUUGAUGGAUGUACCGUAGUAGAGAGAUGUAGUUGAUGGCUGGAUAUAGUGGAUGGAUGUGGUAAUUUGAUGGAUGUACCGUAGUAGAGCGAUGUAGUUGAUGGAUGGAUGUAGUAGAUGGAUGUCUACAUGGUGUUUGGUUUGACCAUCCCCUGUUUUUCACAGCAGUGCAGAACAGGAGACGGAAAGAGAAGCUCCUUGCAAUAUAGCCGCUUUCUAUAGUGCUCACCAUUAUUAUUUUAAUGGUAGAGCCAUCUGGUGACAUUUCAUUUGAAACCGUAGGAUUUUUCCCUGUUACAGUUUGCAAUAUAGAGCAACGUACUGCUCACUAGAAAAUAUCAGAUUAGACUGACUGGAAUAUGUGCAUUUGAAAGCAAAAAAAUCCUACUGGGAAAAAUCAUUUUCAACAGCCAACUGGAAAACUUGGCCAUCUUUCUAGAGCUCCAUCUUUCCGACUUGAAGUUCAUUGACUUAAUGAUUUGACCUCGUUUUUUUCCCCCCAAGUUCCCAGUUAUCUUGAAAACAACAUGACCACCACAUGCAGGUACCAUCAGUUCAGGAAAAUAAAAAGCAAAUUAUUUCAAUUUAUGCUCAGCUGUGCGUCGCAAGUGCUACACCAACUGAUCUAUUUUGUCAAUCAAAGCUUGAGAUUUGAAAUGUAAUAUUGUCUGAGAGGAACAAUUAUUGGCAGUCUAGGGCCGUAGCCAAUAUCCUCUGAUAAUGUAUUAGGCCUCCUGAAAAAAAUCUAAUUCCUAACAGAACUGUUUUUAUAAUUUUAAUGUAAAAAUCUCCAAAUCAUGUUUAAAAUAAAAAAAAUCUGAAAAGUUGAUCUCGGCAUGCAAUAUGUUUUCUGGUUGUGGGAGUCUCACCUGGCCCAAUACACUAUUUGGUGUUUUGACCAAUCAGACCAGGUCUGAAAAGAUCUGAUGAGAAAAUAUCUGAUGUAAUUGGUCGAAAUACCAAUUAGUGGGAAAAAAAUAUGAAUUACUGAGGAUAAUAGGCCACUCCUAUUUGCCAUAUCUGUAUACCAUCUAUUGCCUCUUGCAUCUAUGCCGUUCGAUCAUUGCUCAUCCAUAUGUGUACAUAUUCUUAUUCCAUUUAUUUACUUAGAUUUGUGUGUAUUAGGUAGUUGUUGUGGAAUUGUCUUGGCCAGGUCGCAGUUGUAAAUGAGAACUUGUUCUCAACUGGCCUACCUGGUUAAAUAAAGGUGAAAUAAAAAAUAUAUAUUAAAAAAAUUAAGUGUUCACACUGUGAGAAAUUUUACAACAUGUCACAAUCAAAUCAAAUCAAAUUGUAUUUGUCACAUGCGCCGAAUACAACAGGUGUAAACCUUACAGUGAAAUUCUUACUUACAAGCCCUUAACCAACAAUGCAGUUUUAAGAAAAAUACCCCCCAAAUACAAUAAAUAUAAGUAAAAAAGAAUUAAGAACAGCAGUAAAUAACAAUAGUGAGGCUAUCUAUAUACAGGGGGUACCGGUACAGAGUCAAUGUGAGGGGGCACCGGUUAGUCGAGAUAAUUGAGGUAAUUCUAUACAUGUAGGUAGUGUUAUUAAAGUGACUUAUGCAUAGAUAAUAACAGAGAGUAGCAUGGGGGUAGAAGCCUCUUGAACCUAGACUUGGCGCUCCGGUACCACUUGCCGUGCGGUAGCAAAGUCAACAGUCUAUGACAAUUUUUAGGGCCUUCCUUUGACACCGCCUGGUUGUAACUGACAGUUAGACUUACAGGUUAUGUCGUUGUCUUUUGUUUGAAUUGUUUUACGUGUCCGCUGUGCGGGAGAAAUGAUAAUACAAGCGGAACUACGUAGCUAAUACUGUUGUAACGGGGAUCCAUAUUGCAGCGACACACUUUUGGAGGGAAGGCAAUCCUGUGCUGCGUUAGCUAAGUUUUCAUGUCAUCGGGUGUAGUUCAUAAAGGUUGAAGGGUGUAUGUUAGGAUGAAGUGUGAAUUCAUGCCAGGAAUAAUAAGUGUGAAGUUUGGUUUCCUCCCUUCUGUAAUAAGUAGCCAAUGAGGUAUUUUUCCUUUACUCACGUGUUUAAUCUGAACCCGUUAUAACGCCGGUUAAACUGUUAUGUAUGUAGGCACUUCAGAGUUAUACCAAGCUAAUAAAUCACUCGUAAGAUAAGGAGGUUGUAAGAGUGGGCUUAACUGUAUUUUUCAUUUACCUUAUAGUUCUCACGGAAGGUGAUAAUUCUGACUAAAACUACAGAAUAAAACCGCCAGUUAAAAUCAAGGAACGGUUGUGCUCGUGGUUACAGAAGGGAGCUACACUGGUAUAGAGGUCCUUGAUGGCAGGAAGCUUGGCCCCAGUGAUAUACUGGGCCGUUCGCACUAUACUCUGUAGUGCCUUGCGGUCGGAGGCCGAGCAGUUGCCAUAUCAGGCAGUGAUGCAACCAUACUCUCGAUGGUGCAGCUGUAAAUCCUUUUGAGGAUCUGAGGACGCAUGCCCAAUCUUUUUAGUCUCAUGAGGGGGAAUAGGUUUUGUCGUGUCCUCUUCACGGCUGUCUUGGUGUGCUUGGACCAUGUUAGUUUGUUGGUGAUGUGGAACUUGAAGCUCUCAACCUGCUCCACUACAGCCCCGUCCAUGAGAAUGGGGGCCUGCUCGGUCCUCCUUUUCCUGUAGUCCACAAUCAUCUCCUUAGUCUUGAUCACGUUGAGGGCACCACACUGCCAGGUCUCUGACCUCCUCCCUUUAUGCUGUCUCGUCAUUGUUGGUGAUCACUGUUGUGUCAUCGGCAAACUUAAUGUUGGUGUUGGAGUCAUGCCUGGCCGUGCAGUCAUGAGUGAACAGAGGGAGUACAGGAGGGGACUGAGAACACAAUCUGAAGGUCUGGGAACAUUUUCACGUUAGGAAUAUUUUUUUACACAUUAGUUAGGAUGUUUUAAUUUUUGAUAGGGUGUUUCCAAAUAUAUAUUUUGUGAUUUUUCUUUAGUAUCGACAUCAUUUCUAAUUCCAUGUAUUAGCUGCAUUUGUAUAAUGUCAAGUCAAAUGUAACGUGUCAGUUAAGAAUGUGUUUCUCGUAAAUGUAAAAAAUAUAUAUUACAUUUUACAUUUUGAAUUUUUAUUGGUUUUAUUUUACCAGUAAUGUUGUGGUAGUGCUACUGUUUUUCCUGCAUUAUGUCAACAUAAUGUAGCAAAUACUUCAGAAUUUUUACACUUAAUAAGUUGUCUAAUUUUUUUUAUUGUUGAUUAGUAAUUAUGUACACUGUGCCAGUAUGAUAUUGUAAAUGACAAAAAAAAGGAAUAAAAAAACAAAUGGCGUCAUAAACAAAU